CACCAAUCACCAUCAACAUCACCAUAGCCCAGCCACCACUCUUCUCUCUCUCUAGAAACAGAGCUGAUUCUGUUUUUUUUUUCUUUCAAUCAAACUGUUGUGUUUACUGAUAUUGGAUGAUUCACUAGCUCAUUCUGUUUCACUGCUGCAUUUUUUAAUUAUUCCGAUGGAUCGUAAAAGUUGGCCAUGGAAGAAGAAAACACCUACAGCCACGGAAGUUCAUGACCAACAGGAAAAUGGGAAGAAGCCUAGCUAUAUACAAAUCUCCUUUGAUCAAUACUCUCAUCUCAAUACCUUAAAGGACCAAGUUCACAACUACCAGGAACAAGUUCUCAAACUAGAAGAUAACAUCAAAGAUUUGGAUUCAAAGCUAUCCACAGCUAAUGCAGAUAUAACAGCCAAGGAAGCUUUGGUCAAACAACACUCCAAAGUCGCUGAAGAAGCUGUCACAGGCUGGGAGAAAGCAGAAGCAGAAGCUUCUUCUUUAAAAACUCAUCUCGAAACCGUUACUCUCGCCAAGCUCACUGCUGAAGACAGGGCUGAGCAUUUAGAUGGAGCGCUAAAAGAGUGUAUGAGACAGAUAAGGAGUCUCAAGGAAGAAAACGAACAGAAGCUGAAUGAUGUUACUGUAAGCAAGACCAACGAGAUGGAGAGGCUUAAGGAUGAGUUUGAGUUCAGGAUUAGGGAGUUUGAGGAGGAGUUACUUCGGUCAGCAGCUGAAAACGACGCACUAUCCAGGUCGUUGCAGGAAAGGUCAAACGUGGUUGUGAGGAUAAGUGAAGAGAAGUCACGAGCAGAGUCUGAGACUGAGCAUCUUAAGAGCAACAUAGAGUCUUGUGAGAGGGAGAUCAACACUUUGAAGUAUGAAACUCAUGUGAUUGUUAAAGAGUUGGAGAUACGUAACGAGGAGAAGAAUAUGAGUAUGAGAUCUGCUGAAGCAGCGAACAAGCAGUGUUUGGAAGGUGUUAAGAAAAUUGCAAAGCUGGAAGCUGAGUGCCAGAGACUACGGAGUCUAGUGAGGAAGAAACUUCCUGGUCCUGCUGCACUUGCGCAGAUGAAAAUGGAGGUUGAGAGUUUGGGGAGAGGAGACUAUGGAGAUUAUAGACAGAGAAGGUCACCGGGUAGACCGUCUAGUCCUCUCAUGUCUCCUAUGUCACACAUGGGUUCCGAGUUCUCGUUUGAUAAUAAUAUGCAGAAGUUUCAUAGAGAAAAUGAUUUGUUGACAGAGCGGUUACUUGCCAUGGAAGAAGAGACGAAGAUGUUGAAAGAAGCAUUGGCGAAGCGUAAUAGUGAGCUUCAAGUUUCGAGGAACGUCUGUGCUAAGACAGCAAAUAGGCUUCAAACAUUGGAAGCUCAGAUGAUGAGUAAAACUCUUAGUAUGGCUUCAAUGUCUGAGGACGGAAACGAAGAUGUUAGAAGUAUUGCUGGGUCUUUGAUGUCUGGACUCUCUCAAACCAACAAGGAUAAAAACAGUGCGAAGAUUAAGAAGACUGAGAGUGCUAACCAGUUGGAGCUUAUGGACGACUUUCUAGAAAUGGAAAAGCUAGCUUGUCUACCAAAUGGUGAGAACACAAAUGGUCACUUGAGUACAGAUUCUGACGCUGAGAUUCUACCAGCGACGCAGCUUAAGAAAAGAAUUACUACUUUGCUUCAAUCUCUCCCCAAAGAUGCUGCGUUGGAGAAGGUUUUGGCAGAGAUACAAUGUGCCAUUGAAGAUGCAGGUGGUGUUAAGCUGCCUUGUGAAUGUCAUGGACCUAAUGUAAACGGUCAUACAGAAGAAAAGGAGAUAGCUAUGUCAGAUGAGACCAUGGAGGAUAAAGUUAAUCAAGAAUUGGCUCAUGCUUUUUCUCAUAUUCACCAAUUUUUUACCUACCUUUCGAAAGAAGCAACCCCGAGUCAUGAUACAUUCUCCCAAAAGGUUCAAGAGUUCUGUGUCACAUAUGACAGAGUCUUGUCCAAGGAGAAAACUCUGGUCGACUUUGUGUUUGAUCUCUCUCGAGUUUUAGCCGAAGCUAGUGAACUGAAAAUUAACGUGAUGAGAUUUAACGCAUCUGAAGCUGAGAUUCACAGCCCUGAUUGCAUUGAUAAAGUGGCUCUACCGGAAAACAAAGCACUUCUCCAGAAAGAUUCAUCAGGUGAACAUUACCAGAAUGGUUGUUGUAAGAGCUCUGAUUCCGAGAUUCAAGAUGAUUGCAUUGUAACAUCUGGCUAUGAACCUAAGCUCCCUUGUAAAUUUACAUCAGAAGAGUUUGAAGAACUGAAGCUCGAGAAAGAAAAAGCAGAGACCAAACUUGCAAGCUGUGAAGCAGAUCUUGAAGCAACCAAGUCAAAACUACAAGAAACGGAGCAACUUCUUGCUGAAGUCAAAUCAGAUUUGGAAUCUACUCAAAAGUCUAAUGACAUGGCCGAGACACAGCUCAAGUGCAUGGUUGAAUCAUACAGAUCUCUCGAAACUAGAUCAGCAGAGCUUGAAGUCGAGUUAAGUUCUCUUAAAGGCAAGCUCGGAAACUUAGAAGAUGAGCUUCAGGACGAAAAGGAAAAUCACCGUGAGGCUUUAACCAAAUGUCAAGAACUCGAGGAGCAAUUACAAAGAAACAACCAAAACUGUCAGACGUGUUCAGUAACUGAAGCUGAUCCCAAAAGCAAACAGGACAAUGAAUUAGCAGCUGCUGCGGAGAAGCUACAAGAGUGUCAAGAGACUAUAUUGCUUCUUGGGAAGCAACUUAAGUCUAUAUGUCCUCAAACAGAACAGGUUGCUUCUUCUCCAAGACAAGAACAAACCCUAAACCUAAAAGAAGACAACGAGAGCGCUAAUUCUACUAAUUCUCAAGACAGCAGGUUGAGUUCGGCUUCAGAUAAAGAAGCACCAUCGAUGACUACAAUGAGAUCUCCGGUUGGACCGAAACAUAGACACACCAAGUCAAACGCAUCCUCGUCCUCGUUUGGGUUUACCCCUCAGAAACACUCUAGAGGAUUCAGCAGGUUCUUCUCCUCUAAAGCAAAGUAA